UGUUGUUGUUUGGAUUCAAAGAGCUGAAAAGUUUAGGACCAUGAGGAUCAUGAGACGCCAUGGUUGGCAGCGACCUCUCCAUCCUUUACAGGUUAGACUGUUUCUUUUGUCUUAGAAUUGCUGAUUUUGUUGGAUUGAAACUUUGAAUUGAAUCGAAAUUGUUGGAUUUGCAGAUGGUGGGAAUGGCAGUAUAUAUUUUUCUAGUUGUGGCCUUCUAUACGUUUUUAGGCCUUUUGCUUGGAAACAGAAUUGCUGAAAUUACUGUCACAACUAUCUUUUCCUUUGUGGCACUCUCAGUUAUGUUCCUGUUUAUUAGGUGUACUGCUAUUGACCCAACUGAUAAAACCAGCUCUAGGAAGAAGAAAAGAGGCAAAUCUAAAGGGAUUUUCAAGCUAAAUUAUGGGUUCUUAUUGACCCAGAUUGUUGUAAGGUUUUUUAGGAGGUUGGAGAAGAAGAUUCUUAGGACUUUUAUAAGGAGGAAGUAUCUGGAUCCGUGGAAAACCAAUGUCCAAAUGGAACCAUUACUACCAUUUCCCCUGGUCAUGAAGGAUGACGCGAUUUCACCUGACAUUAAAGAGGAUGACAUCUCCUAUUGUUCUCUCUGUGAUUUUGAGGUGAAAAAACAUAGCAAGCACUGUAGGACUUGCAACCGGUGUGUUGAAGGUUUCGAUCAUCACUGCAGGUGGUUAAACAACUGUGUAGGGAAAAGAAAUUACACAACAUUCAUUCUACUAAUGAUUUUUGUCUUGUUAAUGCUAAUCCUAGAAGGAGGAACUGCUAUUGCCAUAUUCGUCAGGUGCUUUGCAGAUAAGAAGGGAAUAGAGCAGGAGCUGGACAAAAGGCUCUAUAUUGAGUUUCCUAGAGAAGUUCUUGCCACAAUAACAAUUUUGUUGGCUUUAUUUACUGCUUAUGGUUCGGCAGCAAUGGGACAGCUUUUCUUCUUUCAUGUGGUUCUGAUAAGAAAGGGAAUGAGAACAUAUGAUUAUAUUCUGGCUAUGAAAGAGGAGAACCAAUUUACAGUAGACCAAUUUGACGACUCAGAUAUCUCGUCAGAGGAUAGCUCUGAUUUUGAUUCAACUGAAAAACAAACAUUUGUGUCAAGGUUCAUAUGCAGACGACAGAGAAGUCAGAACCCAUCAAGACUGUCCAUAAGAAUUGAUGGAGAUUCUGAAGCUUCCAGCUUAACCAGCAAGAAACAAGGCUUCCAUGUAAGCAUUGACCCAUGGAAACUGAUAAAUCUUAGUAGGGAGAAAGCUCUUCUAGCAGCAGAGAAGGCUAGAGAAAGGCUUAUGAAACAAAAGCCGGCGGUGGAAUUUGAUCCAUUGAAGCCAUUACCACUGGAGACAAAACGUGGCCCACUAAUGAACCUAGAAAGAAAUAUGGCCAAACUGGAGACAAAACGUGGCCCACUAAUGAACCCAGAAAGAAAUAUGGCCAAUACAGGAACAGCAACACCGCCCCUAAUUUCUAAGGGCAGGCUUCCAGCUUCACCAGGAAGGUUUUCCAGUCCAAGGCGUCGAUUUUCUGGCUCUAAUUUUAUGCCAUCACCAAAACAAAAAUAUAGAAGCAAUUUCGAUUUGAAGUUAACAGAAGUUUCCAGGGAGCUUGAAACAUACAUUUCAAGACAGGUUUUAUGUUCUGUUAUAAAAAAAGAUGGCAGUGAAGCAUCUCCAAGAUAAAAGGAAGUUUGAAUUUUAAGGUUCUCAGCCUCUGAGAAAAGAUUCAUUGGUUGUUUGUGUGCAUUCUUGAUGAAACAUCUUAUCUGAUUAGAUUUACAAGUGUAUUUCUUUUUUCUUUCAACUCUUUUACGGACUAUAAUUGAAUACUCUUUAGAUUGAAGAAUACAAAUACAGUUGAGGAACUUGCACCUCCCCUAGCACAGUCAUUGAUGCAAAGAAUCUUGUAUGAUACCAAAACAAAGACAUGGGUCUUGCAAGUCAUUAUCAUUGUAUGUUAGUUGAGAACUUCCUCUACAUAUCCUUCCAAAGCAUGGAAA